AGGCAUCGAGAUAAGCAUUUAUUGCCACCAUCGCGCUUCGCAAAUCUGCCGGAAGAGCCACUCAGUCGCGUUAACUUAUCAAAGCCAAGAGCGGCCCCGUCAACUGUCUAAACAUGGCUAAACCAACCUCGGGCCCUUCUUUGACCGCUAUCAAACGCACCCAGUCGACGCUCUGUCCUCUAUCUGCCCGCACUGGAAUAACUUCCGUGCCUGAACGACAAUUUCCUGUCAGUCUCAUUUUCUACAGAAAAGACGUGCCUACGACGAGACGCAAUGUUCAAGUUCACCUUUCUCGUGUUGCUGUGCUCGGCCUUUGUUGCGUCCCACAUGGUCGACUUUUUCGAUGAUUGCGUAGAAGAGGUUCACCAGCGACAAAAGGCAAGUGAGUGCGUCCUCCUACCACGAAGCUGGCUUCUUUCGAACACGUACAGAAACUUCGCCCACCAAGUCCUCGAGAACGUCGCUCAUCAGCCGUAUGUUGGCAAUCUGAACACUCUUCUUAAUGUGACUCGAGCAGCAACUCACGUUUCGGACGGGAUCGUAGUCAGAGUCGAGUUCACCACCGUCGAGAGCACUUGCAACAGCUCUGUCGUCUAUUCCAGGGAGCAGUGCUCGCCACAUGGCAGUCAGGCGAAUGGACUGUGUCAGGCAAGAUUCCUCUUCGCUGGUAACCUGACGCUUGAAGAUGCCCGGUGUGGACCACGCAAGUAGUGAUUAUAUAUUUCGCAAAAAAAAUUAUAACUCUGUAAUGUGCGCAAGACUUUUGACUGGUAUAGCGCAAACAUCGAAUAAACCAUAAACAUCGAACACAUACAUGAGCGCAAUCAUCGAAUAAAGCGCAAUUUUGGUGUUCUCGCAGUGCUGUGUCAAAUUUCAUUCUUUGCGUAAUUCUAACAAGCCUUCGAGCAGAAACCACUGUACGC